UCCAGUCAGCGCACUUGGCAACGCAAACCUCGAUCAGGUAGCGGUGAAGAUUUUACUUCGGGUCAAUGCUCUCUUCACAUAUCUAAGGACGGAGAGCGAACAGGCGCCGAGACCGAGGAGUUAAGUCAGCGCCAGCUCGUCGUUUAUGAUGAAGCUGACGGACUUUACUCGGAUUUUUGCAGCCAGAGGACUACAUCAGCUGGCAUAAAGCCCUCAGCUCUUGACAGACAUACGACCGCAUCUUCCAAUAAUAUAACAGCCAGGCUGGGUGGAAAACGGCUAUCUGGAUGGGCCAAGCUCGGGCACAAACCCGGGUUCAAAUCAUUGGAGCUUCCAAUGUCCCGGUUUCAGUCGGGGUUCCAACAUUGCAUCAUGCCACAAGAAUUUAUUGUUGAUUUUGCUUUUAAAUUACUGUUCUGA